AUGGGAAGAAAUGAACAUAUGAAACGGAAUAUAUUUCUCAUUAAAAAAAACAAGCACAGUUGUUUUCACCCAAAUAAUUCAAUGACUAUAGAAGGACAAGUUGGGAAAUUCUUAAAAAUAAACUGUAUUGAUGAUUACUACCAGAAAAAGGCCUAUCAUAUAUCUUUAUUAAAGAACUGUUCUCCAAUUCCGGGGAAUUCCAAACCAUAUAUUUGGAAAAAUGCUGAAUUGAAUGAUGAAGGGAAUUAUACCUGUAUAUUUUUCCUUUUAAACAAUGCAAGAUUAUUUAAUGUCACUAAAACUUUCAGUGUAAAAAUAAACGAUAACAGAAAUACAAUACCAACACUAUUUGGGAAAAGGAUUAAUUAUGUGGAAGCUGAAUUAGGAAAAGAGAAAACACUCAACUGUACUGCUGCCCUGAAGGAUCCUACUGAUAUUCUUUACUGGAAUUUUUUUAAUAAUAGCGAUAAUAAUAUAAAUAUAAGGACACUACAUUACAGAGAUUGGAAUGCCAAGGGACUUGUUUCCAAGUUCCUGGAGAUCAAAACUGUCAAGAAAGAGAAUUUGAAUAUUUGGUAUAAUUGUACCUUGGCAUCUGCUGAAAUCCUUGAGACUGUAGGAUAUUUCUUGAAGAAGAAAGAAGGUCCCGCUGAUAUUUCCAGAAACAUUUUUAUUAUUGCCCUUGUAUCUUCAGCUUUAGUCAUCUUCCUGGUGAUUAUGUGUGUCAUUUAUAGAGUUGAUAUACUUUUAUGUUACAGAGACUUACUUAGAAGAGAUGAGACUUUACUAGAUGGAAAAGAAUACGAUGCAUUUGUGUCUUACCUGAAAGACAGUCAAUCUGAUAAUGGAGAAGAGAACAAAUUUGCUCUUGAGAUUUUACCUGAAGCCUUAGAAAAACGCUUUGGCUAUAAAUUAUGCAUAUUUGAAAGGGAUAUAAUUCCUGGAGGAGCUAUUGUUGAUGACAUCCAUUCAUUGAUUAACAAAAGCAGAAGGCUAAUCAUUGUCCUGAGUGAAAACUACAUAUCUAAUAAAGUCAAAUAUGAACUUGAAAGUGGACUCCACGAAGCACUGGUGGAAAGAAAAAUUAAAAUAAUCUUAAUCGAAUUCACACCGAUUCGGGACUUCACAUUUUUGCCACAAUCCUUGAAACUGCUGAAAUCUCACAGGAUUUUAAAGUGGAAAGCAGAUAAGUCUCUUCCUUACAACUCAAGAUUCUGGAAGAAUCUUCGAUAUUUGAUGCCUGCCAAAAAUCCCCAAACUGUUUUUUCUUUAGAUCCCUUGGGAAAUGAAUUGUUGCCUGUUUUUUCAAAGUUUCAACCUUCAAAAUGA